UGGCUUCUUGCUUAAUUUGCUCAUUUUCUGUUGCCCCUGUUUUUUAGUUGUUGUAUUCAGCGAUCUCUUUCUUUCCUAACUUUCCUGUCUUUUGCAAAACAGAGAGAGACAUUGUAAAACAUGGCUGCCAAGGAAUUGGUUGAUAAGAUUCUUAAGGAGAAUAAAGUUGCUGUCUUUUCGAAAUCUUAUUGCCCAUACUGCAAAAUGGCUAAGGCAUCUUUGAAUGAGACCGGUGUUAAGUACUACCUCAUGGAAAUGGAAGAUAGGCCUGAUUGUGAUGCCAUACAGAACUAUCUCGCUCAACUGACGGGGGGUCGUACGGUCCCUCGUGUUUUUAUUGGAGGGGUUUGUAUUGGCGGGGGUUCUGAGACGCAAGAAAUGCAGAGGUCAGGGGAGCUUGUUGCUAAGCUAAAGGAAGUGGGAGCUCUUUAAAUAGAAGAAACAAACCUUAGGUUACAGUUCUUUUAGUUUAGUUUUUAGUUUAUGCUAAUAUCUAUGGUUUAUGAUUAUUAAAAAUAAAAAAUCAA